AUGUCGAAUAUGAUGAUCAUCAAGAAUCAACUAAGAUCUAUAAGUUUACCUUCAAAAUCGCAUCCUAGCACGACAGGGAUUGAGGAAGCUCUUAGCAAGGUUAAAGCGAUUAACACCACCACGGGCUCGUCAGAAUCAAUCUUGAUGGCAUUGGCUAGUUUGGAGGAGCUCUAUAGUUGUACGGAGGAGUUUCUAAAAAUAGGUUCGACGCAGCGUGUUAUGUCGUCUUCUGAUGCAUCGGAGUUUAUGGAGGAGAUGCUUGAUGGGUCUUUGAGGCUAAUGGAUACAUGCAGCGUCUCUAGAGAUCUCAUGGAACCGGGCCGUUACACUCACGAACAUGUUCGUGGUGUUCAAUCAUGCGUUAGACGCAAGAAAAUAGCCGGAGGAAAUGAUCAACUCGAUGUAGCUAUCUCCGGCUAUGUCGGAUUUAGAAAGAACAUGAGAAAGGAAGCUAAGAAGCUUAUUGGAUCCUUGAAGAAAAUCGAUGGAGGGUCGUUGUAA